UCUCCGAGUCUCUCUCAUUCUCUGUCUCUCUCUCUCUCUCUCUCUCUCUCUCUGGGUAUCUGCUUUUUUAGCUUUCUGUGCCCCAAAGGGAAAGAGGGAAUUUUCGUUUCAGAAGGUGCAGAAACAGAGCUUCAGCAACCAUGCUUGUUUAUCAGGAUCUGCUCACGGGCGAUGAGCUUUUGUCUGACUCCUUCCCAUACAAGGAAAUUGAGAAUGGCAUGCUCUGGGAAGUGGAAGGGAAGUGGGUUGUCAAAGGAGCGGUCGAUGUGGAUAUCGGGGCCAACCCUUCUGCAGAGGGCGGAGGGGAAGAGGAGGGUGUUGAUGACCAGACCGUGAAGGUCGUGGACAUCGUCGACACCUUUAGGCUUCAGGAGCAACCUGCUUUCGACAAGAAGCAGUUUGUUACUUACAUGAAGAGGUACAUCAAGUUGCUGUCGCCCAAGUUGGAGGGAGAGAAACAAGAGCUGUUCAAGAAGCACAUUGAGGGAGCGACCAAGUUCCUGCUUUCUAAGCUCAGCGACCUCCAAUUUUUCGUUGGGGAGAGCAUGCAUGAUGAUGGCACCAUGGUGUUUGCAUUUUACAAGGAAGGUGCUACUGAUCCUACUUUCCUCUACCUUGCCCAUGGACUGAAGGAAGUCAAGUGCUAGACAGGCUUUCUUGUUGGGGGGACUUACUAGAUUGGAAAUGGUUUUCUGUGUUUCUGCUCUAUAUAUAAAGAGAAAGGGUAUAAACUACGCUACGGGAUGCCUUAUUAUCCCGUCUUUUUGUUUAGGUUGUUUUUUUUUACUAAAUUUAGAACAUGGUGACUUUGGUUAAUUGAGAAAUAAAGUUUCGAUGUUGAUAU